AUGGUGGAGGAAUUAAAUUACCAAGGAGUGGAAUUUCCUGUCGCUACUAAACAUUAUGGUAAAAUAGAAGAGCAAAAUAGCAUUAAUAUUAAUGUGUUUGGUUAUGAGAACGAGCAAUUUUAUCCUCUUUAUGUUUCUAAGCAGAAAAACGAGAAAGUGUUGAACUUGCUGCUGAUUACACAGGGAACGAAGCAACAUUAUGUCCUAGUCAAGGAUUUUAAUAAGAUGAUGUAUAAUAAGACCAAACACAAGGAGCGAAAGCAUUUUUGUAUGUUUUGUCUCCAGUGUUUUAGCACUGAUGAGAUACUAACAAAACAUAAGAGUAAUUGCAUUGUAAUAAAUGGGGAACAAGCAAUAAGGAUGCCUGAGGAGGGCAGUAUGGUCCAAUUUCAGAACUAUCAUAAACAGAUGCCAGCGCCUUUUGUGAUAUACGCCGAUUUCGAAGCUAUUACAGAAAAAGUAUAUGGGUGCCAACCUGAUGACUCUCAAUCUUAUACUGAUAGGUACCAAAAGCACACUGGCUGUAGUUGUGGUUACAAAUUGGUAUGUUGUUAUGAUGACAAAUAUUCAAAACCAGUGAAAAUUUAUCGAGGGGAGAAUUCUAUUAACUACUUCAUGUUAGAUAUGCUCUCGGAAGUAGAAUAUUGCCAGAAGAUGAUUGCUACUGAGUUCCAAAAACCGCUUCAGAUGACGGCUGAGGAGGAAAAAUUAUUCAAGGCUGCCGAGGAAUGUCAUAUUUGUGGGGGGAAAUAUUUAGAUACUGAAGUAAAAGUUAGGGAUCAUUGCCACAUUACCGGUAAGUAUAGGGGAUCAGCACACCAAGACUGUAAUCUGAAGCUGAGAAUUGACCCAAAUAAAUUUAGGGUACCCGUCAUUUUUCAUAAUCUGCGCGGGUAUGAUUCCCAUUUUAUAAUGCAAGAAAUUGGAUCAAUCGGAAAAAGUAAUAAUUUGAGUAUUAAUUGCAUCCCUAAUAAUAUGGAAAAGUAUAUGGCAUUUAUGCUGGGUAAACACUUAGUAUUUCUGGAUAGUUUUCAAUUUAUGGCCAGCAGCUUGGAGAGAUUGGCUGCUAAUUUACCCACCGAUAUGUUUAAGUAUACCGGCCAAGUGUUUCAAAAUGAGAAACUAUCGCGAUGA